AUGUUCCAUACAAUUCAAGAUCAAGACCUCGAGCUUGAAACUGUAGGACUGGGUCACCUGGUAUCGGCCUUAUCUACCGACAACACUGGACCAUUAUUUGUCGACCCUCAUGCUGGCCUCCAAGCAUACCUUAUCCGACAGCAGCUCAUAGCAGGGGUCUCUCCAGAAGAUGUGGUCCCCAUCGAGUCGUUUCCUACACCAACCCACCUGAACCGACGAUCCUCUGUUCCCACCUCCGUCAACGUAAACCCGUCAGAUCCCGAAGCGGGGAUGACGGUUCCAAGAAUUCCCAGUCCACAGUUCGAUGGCUACCUCGAGCCACUCGGAUGGUAUCCGGCAAUGGUGGAUAGUACAUAUGACUCUUUCUUGGAACCAGAUGCGCCAACAGUGCUCCGACAGGAAGAGGUCAAUGAAGUAGUCGAAGAGGUACUUCAAGAGCUAUUCCCAGAUUACAUACCUGAGGUCGAUUGCGAUUUUAUCGACGCAAUGCUUCUUGAUUUGCGAGGCGAAGGAAGCGAAGGAGGCGAAGGGGCUUCUCGGGAACCCUCCUUCUAG